AUGGCGUUGAGUGGUGCAAGCAUGGGAGAUGACCUCCCUAUGGGGAGAUCUCUGAUCAAGUUAACAGUCCCUUUGAGAAUAGACAGAGGCACUUUUUUAGCCAGUGUGGUAAGCACAUACAGAAGUCUGUGUUCAAGACCUCCAAAAGGCUUUGAGAAGUAUUUUCCUAAUAACAAAAAUACAAAGAAUUCUGAUGACUUAAAAAGUACAAAUAAUGAAACUAAAGAUGCAAAACCUUCAAAAGCCCAACGUUCUACUGGAAACAGCGGAGAUGGAGGCAGUGGCAGUGGUGGAGGCGGUGGAAAAAGAGGUGGGAGAAAAGAUGAUUCUUCUUGGUGGACCAGGUUACAAAAGGGGGAUAUUCCUUGGGAUGACAAGGAGUUUCGUCUGUUUUUUUUUAGCAGUGCUGCAUUUUGGGUAUUUAUAGCUUACUAUUUUUUUUUCCGAAAUGCUGGAAGAGAAGUGACAUGGAAAGACUUUGUCAAUAAUUAUCUUUCUAAAGGAAUUGUUGACAGAUUAGAAGUGGUGAAUAAGCGAUAUGUCAGAGUAAUAUUUUCUCCUGGAAAGUUACCUGUUGAUGGGCAAUAUGUGUGGUUUAAUAUUGGAAGUGUGGAUACAUUUGAAAGAAACCUAGAAACUGCUCAGCUAGAACUUGGCAUUGAAGGAGAAAACAAGCUGCCUGUGGUGUACUCUGCAGAGAGUGAUGGCUCCUUUCUUUUGAGCCUGUUUCCAACUGCAUUAAUAAUUGGCUUCCUCCUAUACACUCUACGGAGGGGUCCUAUGGGUGGUGGACGUUCAGGCCGUGGAAUGGGAGGUCUCUUCAGUGUUGGGGAAACAACUGCCAAAGUACUGCGAGAUGAGAUUGAUGUAAAGUUCAAAGAUGUUGCAGGAUGUGAAGAGGCCAAAUUGGAAAUUAUGGAAUUUGUAAAUUUUCUCAAAAAUCCCAAACAAUAUCAGGAUUUGGGAGCCAAAAUCCCAAAGGGUGCUAUUCUUACUGGACCUCCGGGGACUGGAAAAACUUUGUUGGCUAAAGCCACUGCAGGAGAAGCCAAUGUUCCAUUCAUCACAGUAAAUGGAUCUGAAUUCCUUGAGAUGUUUGUUGGAGUUGGUCCAGCUCGGGUCCGUGACUUGUUUGCCAUGGCCCGUAAAAAUGCUCCUUGCAUUCUUUUUAUUGAUGAAAUUGAUGCUGUAGGGAGAAAACGAGGUCGUGGGAAUUUUGGAGGACAGAGUGAACAAGAGAACACUUUAAACCAACUGCUGGUAGAAAUGGAUGGGUUUAAUACAACAACCAAUGUUGUUGUUUUGGCUGGAACCAACAGGCCAGAUAUUUUGGAUCCUGCAUUGUUGAGGCCAGGCAGAUUUGACAGACAGAUUUACAUUGGUCCCCCUGAUAUUAAAGGACGGGCUUCGAUUUUCAAGGUUCAUUUAAGACCUCUAAAGGUUGAAUCCAGUCUAGACAAAGAGAGCUUAGCCAGGAAAAUGGCGGCCUUAACACCAGGAUUUUCAGGUGCUGACAUUGCUAAUGUAUGCAAUGAAGCUGCACUGAUUGCUGCCAGACAUCUUUCUGAUGCUAUUAACCAAAAGCAUUUCGAACAAGCUAUAGAGCGAGUAAUAGGAGGUCUUGAAAAGAAGACUCAGGUACUUCAACCAGAAGAAAAAAAGACUGUAGCCUUUCAUGAGGCAGGGCAUGCAGUUGCUGGAUGGUUCUUGGAACACGCCGAUCCUUUGCUAAAGGUUUCCAUAAUCCCUCGUGGAAAAGGGUUGGGUUAUGCCCAGUAUUUGCCUAAGGAACAAUAUCUGUACACCAAAGAGCAGCUUCUUGACAGGAUGUGCAUGACCCUUGGAGGAAGAGUGUCUGAGGAGAUAUUUUUUGGACGCAUAACCACUGGUGCCCAAGAUGACCUAAGGAAGGUCACACAGAGUGCUUAUGCACAGAUUGUGCAGUUUGGAAUGAAUGAAAAAGUAGGUCAAGUCUCAUUUGACCUUCCACGACAAGGAGACAUGGUGCUGGAGAAACCCUACAGUGAAGCCACGGCUAGACUAAUUGAUGAUGAAGUACGAAUACUCAUCAACACUGCCUAUGAGAGAACACACAACCUUUUGAAAGAAAAAAAACCUGAGGUGGAAAAGGUUGCAAUGAGGCUGUUGGAAAAGGAAGUGCUUGAUAAGAACGACAUGGUUGAAUUAUUAGGGAAGAGGCCAUUUGCUGAAAAGUCAACCUAUGAAGAAUUUGUUGAGGGCACAGGUAGCCUUGAUGAAGAUACAUCACUUCCUGAAGGCCUCAAGGAGUGGAAUAAAGACCGCGAAAAGGGGAAGGAAGAGAGUACAGAAGAGCAGAUUGCCAGACAGAUCACUGGGGGAAUGCCAUUUUAAAGGACACUGUAGCACUUAGGCUGUUUUAUAUGCUCUCUGGGUCUCUGGAAGACCUGCAUGUGAAACAGACAUUUCCAAGCAUGCACGUGGUAGUCAUUCAUUAAUGGACAGCUGGCAGUUGGCUUCCAAAUGUACAACAACUGUUCAUACCAAUUCUUAUGACUGGGCACAACAGCUGAGAGCACUUCUUCAAAUAGCUGGGCAGCGGUCAUUCUUGUAGCAGAGCCAAUGUCUCUUCACACAGGUCUUUAACUAAAAGAAAGUUUAUAAAGAAUUGAAGCAGAAAAGAGUGAUGUGAUUUAUUUUUAAUAAACAAAUGAUGUGUAUUUAGUAA